CCCAGACAGAGAGACAGACAGGCAGAGAGGCGAGGGUUGGUGAGUGUUGGUGUUCGAAAAGUUAACAAGCAAUAUUUUCCUUUCGGACGAACCGCGAUCAUGUCAUACUGCGAGAACACAAUUAAGAAAAUGCUGCCUAAGACUUACCUUCGCAAACAUGUGGCUCAUGAAAUAUAUGUUGCAAAGACCUGCUUCAAAAAUAUUGAGCCCAUGAUGGAUAAAUACGUUUACAAUGACGGAACCAAAAAGGACUUGAUGAGUCUGACCGGAACUCUUCCUGUCAUGUUUGAUGACGAGACCUACAACAUUCCCAUAUGCCUGUGGCUUGAGGAAAACUACCCGCAGUCUGCUCCUAUCUGUUACGUAAGACCCACACGUGAGAUGGUGAUCCUCAGAGGAGAUUACACCUCCAGCAAUGGGCAAGUCCAGCUGCCUUACCUGGAGGAGUGGAAGAGUGGCGAGUGUGACCUCGUGACCCUGCUGCAGGUGAUGCAGUUCAUGUUCGGGGACUUUCCUCCCGUUUGGAUGCAGCCUCGUUCAGAGCCGGAACGGGCCUCAUGUCAGCAACAGUUCCACAGGCAACCAGAGGUGCUUGCAAAGAGAGAUGGAAGUUCAUAUCUGUCUGUACCCAGAGAUGAUGGCCAGCCUUUCCUGCAAGAACAUGAAACCAACUGUUAGUGUUUUGUGACAAUCGCUUGAGUAAAAACUGGUUUGGUGUUGGCUGUGAAAUGUUUUAGCCUAUGUACAGUGUCCAAUGGUAUCCAUUGAUUGUUUUUUAAAGUUCAGGAAUUUCAGAGAAAUGCUGUAAGUCUAUUUUUCAAUCUGUAAAUGUAAAAAAAAAACACCCUAUUAAAAUAUAUCUACUGUG